AUGGUCGUAGAGACAGACGAAUCCCUGGUUGUUCACCCCCUGAAAGAUCCGUUGCCGCUGCCCCCACAAUUUGGAGGUCAACCCCAAGUUGGGGCUACCCGCAAUUUGAGGUCUGGGGUCCUGUUUAAUCAUCCUCCCCAGUCUUCGUUAAAAUUUACAUUCUCCCGAAUAUUCAACGAGAAAACUUCACAAAAAGAUUUUUUUGAUCUAGCUGUCCAAGACACCAUCAAAGAGUUCAUAGAUGGUCAGAAUGCCCUGGUGUUUGCUUAUGGGGUGACCAAUUCGGGCAAAACUUAUACCAUGCAAGGAACACCAUCAGAUGGUGGAGUUGUACCUCGAACUUUCGACGUGAUCUUCAACAGCAUUGUCGAUCGACAGUACAAAGAGGGUGAUCUAAGGCCAAAAUGUUAUUGCGACGUCGAAAAGUUGGAUGAGGAAGAAGUGGCCAGAGAAAAAGUGAACAAGGAGGUCAUCUUGAGACAGACAUCGGGCACCAAUCAGCAGCAACUCUCAACCUGCACCGAUGACCUAACAAUGAACGACGACGAGGUCUCGACAGUGGUUGCCAACCGUCGCCGGGAAGAGGGCACGGUUGCUGUGGCCGCCUCGAGACACGUCAUGUAUUCAGUCUGGGCAAGUUUCGCGGAGAUAUACAACGAGCAGGUGUUUGAUUUGCUGAGAGAGCGUGUCUGCAAGUUAAGGAGGAUAUGCAGGGCAGGCCAUACAUCAAUGGCGAGAUUGAGGGAAGUGAAUGUGAUGUCAGCUGAUGAGGCGUUUAAGUUGUUGGCACUUGGACAGCGAAAUCUUCAAAUGGCCUAUACGAGGAUCAAUGAGACUUCAUCAAGAAGCCACUGCAUUUUCACCUUGAAACUCAUAAAAACAAACAAACAUUGGACAAACAACAAACAAACAAACCUCACCAGCUUGUCAUUAUGCGACCUGGCUGGCAUAGAAAGAAGUUACAAGACACAGAACGUUGGAGACCGAAUAAAAGAGUCGGGCAACAUCAACAACUCCUUGUUCGUUCUCGGAAGGUGCAUCCAGGCCAUCAGGAAGAACCAGAGCAGUACUGGACCGGGGUUCAUUCUACCGCCAUUUCGCGACAGCAAACUGACUCGCCUCUUCCAGCCGUAUUUGAACGGCCGGGGUCGGGCCAAGAUGAUUGUGACGGUCAGUCAGUGUAGAAGCAUGUACUCCGAGAACAUCAAUGCCAUCAAGUUCUCGGCUGUUGCUAAACAGGUUUGGGAAACCUGUGUUUAUGUGUGUUGGAGGAAGAGAGAGAUGAGAGAUAAAUUGAUAAUUUAUUUUCGAAUUUUCGCAUUUCUAACCGCAGAUCACGCUGCUCCCGACCAUUAA